GGGGACUCCCGCGGCCCCCGGGAGAUCCGCGGUGCGCUCCAUUCCAGCCCCUUCCUCGGGGUGACCGGGAAGGGGGGGUCUUGUCCGCUGCAGGGUCAGCAGGCCCUAUGGAGCGCGCGGCGGCUCCGCUCCGAGAUUCCUUCUCGGUCCGGGUUCUGGAAAGCAAAGCCGCGGGGCCCCCAAUAGACUGUGGCGUGCGGGCAAGUGGUUCCGGCGCCGAGCCCCAGGAACGCUAUCUGACGCCCGAGCUGUCGCGGUGCUCAGGGGGUGCGCUCCUGCCUGGCAGCCCCCACCCGGAGGAGAGGCGCGUCCUUAGGGUCCGCCCCGCCAGUGCCUGCUCCGCGCUCGCGGUGGCUGGACAACCCCGGGACUCAGCCAGGUGGAUGUUGUGUGUAGCUGGAGCCAAGUUGAAGAGAGAACUCGAUGCCACCGCAACAGUAUUGGCAAACCGGCAAGAUGAGAGCGAGCAGUCCAGAAAGCGGCUCAUUGAGCAGAGCCGAGAAUUCAAGAAGAACACUCCAGAGGAUUUGCGCAAGCAGGUAGCACCACUGCUGAAGAGCUUCCAGGGGGAGAUUGAUGCACUGAGUAAAAGAAGCAAAGAAGCUGAAGCAGCCUUCUUGAAUGUCUACAAGAGAUUAAUUGAUGUUCCAGACCCGGUGCCAGCCCUGGAUCUGGGGCAGCAACUGCAGCUCAAAGUGCAGCGCCUGCAUGACAUUGAGACGGAAAACCAGAAACUUAGGGAAACUCUCGAAGAAUACAACAAGGAAUUUGCUGAAGUGAAAAAUCAAGAGGUUACGAUAAAAGCACUUAAAGAGAAAAUCCGAGAAUAUGAGCAGACUCUGAAGAGCCAAGCAGAGACAAUUGCUCUUGAGAAGGAACAAAAGUUGCAAAAUGAUUUUGCAGAGAAGGAGAGAAAGCUACAGGAGACACAGAUGUCAACCACCUCAAAGCUGGAAGAGGCCGAGCAUAAACUUCAGACUCUGCAAACAGCCCUCGAAAAAACUCGAACAGAAUUAUUUGACCUGAAAACCAAAUACGAUGAAGAAACUACUGCAAAGGCCGACGAGAUUGAAAUGAUCAUGACCGACCUUGAAAGAGCAAACCAGAGGGCAGAGGUGGCACAGAGAGAGGCAGAGACCUUAAGGGAGCAGCUCUCAUCGGCCAACCACUCCCUCCAGCUGGCCUCACAGAUCCAGAAGGCACCGGAUGUGGAGCAGGCCAUAGAGGUGCUGACUCGCUCCAGCCUGGAAGUUGAGUUGGCCGCCAAAGAGCGGGAGAUUGCCCAGCUGGUGGAGGAUGUGCAGAGGCUCCAGGCCAGCCUCACAAAGCUGCGUGAAAACUCAGCCAGCCAGAUCUCCCAGCUCGAGCAGCAGCUGAGCGCCAAGAACAGCACACUCAAACAACUGGAAGAAAAACUCAAAGGACAGGCUGACUAUGAAGAGGUGAAGAAAGAGCUGAAUAUCCUGAAGUCCAUGGAGUUUGCACCAUCAGAAGGAACUGGGACGCAGGAUGCGGCCAAGCCCCUGGAGGUGCUGCUGCUGGAGAAGAACCGCUCACUGCAGUCCGAGAACGCUGCACUGCGCAUCUCCAACAGCGACCUGAGCGGGUCAGCCAGGAGAAAAGGGAAAGACCAACCUGAGAGUCGGCGCCCUGGACCCUUGCCGGCCUCCCCUCCUCCUCAGUUGCCCCGCAACACGGGGGAGCAGGCUUCCAAUACUAAUGGUACACACCAGUUCUCACCAGCGGGGUUAAGUCAAGACUUUUUCAGCUCAUCCCUGGCAAGCCCCAGCCUACCCCUGGCUUCUACAGGAAAAUUUGCACUAAACUCUCUCCUCCAGCGACAGCUAAUGCACUCCUUCUACUCCAAGGCCAUGCAGGAAGCAGGAAGCACAAGCAUGAUUUUUUCAACAGGUCCCUACAGCACAAAUUCCAUAUCUUCCCCAACUCCAUUACAACAAAGCCCAGAUGUAAAUGGCAUGGCCCCAUCUCCCAGCCAGUCCGAAAGUGCUGGGAGCAUCUCUGAGGGCGAGGAGAUAGACACUGCAGAAAUCGCCCGGCAGGUCAAAGAGCAGCUGAUCAAGCACAAUAUCGGACAGCGCAUUUUUGGACAUUAUGUCUUGGGACUGUCACAAGGGUCUGUGAGCGAGAUCCUGGCCCGGCCGAAGCCCUGGAAUAAACUGACAGUUCGUGGUAAAGAGCCAUUCCACAAGAUGAAGCAGUUCCUCUCGGAUGAGCAGAACAUCUUGGCCCUGCGCAGCAUCCAAGGCAGACAGAGAGAGAAUCCAGGCCAGAGCCUGAACAGACUAUUUCAGGAAGUACCGAAACGAAGAAAUGGGUCUGAAGGUAACAUCACCACACGGAUCCGAGCCUCAGAGACGGGUUCUGAUGAAGCAAUCAAGUCCAUCCUGGAACAAGCCAAGAGGGAGCUCCAAGUUCAGAAAACUGAGCCGGCCCAGCCAUCUUCUGCAUCCAGCAGUGGGAAUUCCGAUGAUGCCAUCCGCUCCAUCCUGCAGCAAGCCCGCCGGGAGAUGGAAGCCCAGCAGGCUGCCCUUGACCCUGCCUUAAAACCAGCCCCACUGUCCCAGCCUGACCUCGCCCUCCUGACCCCCAAGCUCCUGUCUGCCUCACCUAUGCCCACCGUAUCCAGUUAUUCUCCUCUCGCCAUCUCCCUGAAGAAAACACCGUCAGCCCCUGAGGCCAGUGCCUCAGCCCUGCCCAACACCCCGGCCCUCAAAAAAGAGGCCCAGGACGUGCCCACCCUGGACCCACAGGGUACCACAGACGCUGCACAAGGGGUCCUGAGGCACGUGAAGAACGAGCUGGGCCGUGGGGGCGGAUGGAAGGACCACUGGUGGAGCCCUGCGCAGCCUGAGAGGAGAAACCCCACCUCUUCUGAAGAGACAAAGGUUGAAGAGGCUACAGGGGGGAAAGAAAAGGGUGGCAGUGGCAGCCAGCCACGGGCCGAGCGCAGUCAGCUCCAAGGACCCUCGUCAGAGUACUGGAAAGAAUGGCCCAAUGCUGAGUCUCCAUACUCCCAGAGCUCAGAGCUGAGCCUGACUGGAGCCAGCCGCAGUGAAACACCCCAGAACAGCCCUCUGCCUUCCUCCCCAAUUGUGCCCAUGGCAAAGCCCACCAAGCCUUCCGUCCCUCCACUGACCCCUGAACAGUAUGAGAUCUACAUGUAUCAAGAGGUGGACACCAUCGAGCUCACCCGGCAGGUUAAAGAGAAGCUGGCCAAGAACGGCAUUUGCCAGAGGAUCUUCGGAGAAAAGGUGCUGGGCCUGUCCCAGGGCAGCGUCAGUGACAUGCUAUCCCGGCCAAAGCCAUGGAGCAAGCUAACCCAGAAAGGCCGAGAGCCCUUCAUCCGGAUGCAGCUUUGGCUAAACGGCGAGCUGGGCCAGGGAGUGCUGCCUGUACAGGGACAGCCACAAGGGCCAGUCCUCCAUUCAGUGACUUCGCUGCAAGACCCUCUACAGCAGGGCUGUGUGAGCUCAGAAAGCACUCCAAAGACCUCCGCCAGCUGCAGCCCUGCUCCUGAGUCCCCAAUGAGUUCCAGUGAAUCCGUGAAGAGUUUGACUGAGCUGGUUCAGCAGCCCUGUCCCCCCAUCGAGACCAGUAAGGACGGCAAACCACCAGAACCCAAUGACCCACCAACUUUGGACUCCCAGCCCACAACCCCACUGCCUCUCUCUGGACACUCAUCCCUCAGCAUCCAAGAACUUGUAGCCAUGUCUCCAGAGUUGGACACUUACGGCAUAACCAAGAGGGUCAAGGAGGUGCUGACAGACAACAACCUCGGUCAGCGCUUAUUUGGGGAGACAAUUCUGGGGCUCACCCAAGGCUCUGUAUCUGACCUCCUUGCCCGCCCAAAGCCCUGGCAUAAGCUCAGCCUAAAGGGACGGGAGCCCUUCGUCCGGAUGCAGGUGUGGCUCAAUGACCCCAACAACGUGGAGAAGCUGAUGGACAUGAAGCGGAUGGAGAAGAAAGCCUACAUGAAGCGGAGGCACAGCUCAGUCAGUGACAGCCAGCCCUGUGAGCCCCCAUCCGUGGGUAUUGACUACAGCCAGGGUGCCAGCCCGCAGCCACAACACCAGCUGAAGAAACCCCGAGUGGUGCUGGCUCCUGAGGAGAAGGAAGCCCUGAAACGAGCUUAUCAGCAGAAGCCAUACCCAUCCCCCAAAACCAUUGAGGAGCUCGCCACCCAACUCAACUUGAAGACCAGCACCGUCAUCAACUGGUUUCACAACUACAGGUCUCGGAUCCGCAGGGAACUGUUCAUUGAGGAAAUUCAGGCCGGAAGCCAGGGCCAGGCCGCUGCCAGCGACUCGCCAUCGGCCCGGAGUGGCCGCGCCGCACCCAGCUCGGAGGGCGACAGUUGCGACGGCGUGGAGGCGGCCGAGGGCCCAGGCCCUACCGCCACCGCCGACGACGCAGAAGAGCCGGGCGCGCGCCCACGGCCGCACGCAGGCCCCGCUCGCUGCAGAGCCUCUUCGGCCUGCCUGAGGCGGCGGGCGCCCGGGACCCGCACGACAACCCCGUGCGCAAGAAGAAGGCCGCCAACUUGAACAGCAUCAUCCACCGCCUGGAGAAGGCCGCCAGCCGCGAGGAGCCCAUCGAAUGGGAGUUCUGAGGGCGCGGGCUGGGCCGGCACGAGCAUCGGGUCGGGUCGGGUCGGGUCUGGUCGGGGUCUGGUCGGGUCGCCCGGGCCAGCCCCGUGGGCCGAGGCCGGAGCCCCGCGCUGCGCACUUAGCCCUGCGGGCCACAGGGCAAAAUCGCCAUAGGCCAAGGUGCAUAUAGAAAACAAAGGAGCAUUAAGCCCAAUCUAUGUCGUGUUUUCAAGGAAGAAAACGGAAAAUGUGUAGUCCAGCUUUUUUGUACCCUGAAGUGUUUUUUUUUUUAAUUGCCCUAAGUGAUUUCCACAGGUUCUGGAAUAACUCUUACAGCUUUUGCCUUGUGCCCUCCUCUUUCGUGUGGGCUUUAAAAAAAAAAAGAAAGAAAGAAGUCAAACCCACAUAUUAAAAGGGGGCUUUUUAUCUGCCAUCUAAUGGCUUCAGAGCGAUAAUACACUAUUAUCUUCUUAAACCAGGAAAAGGGGGGAGGGGGGAUUUUUCAGAAAAAAAAAAUUUAAAAAGUUUUUGUAGCUGUUCAGUUGCCACUAAGAGAUUGCACAGUCAAACCGACUCUAAACACACUAGUUUGGAUUCCUAAAUAUUUUCAAGAAAAGAAUCUCGUUUGAAACUUUGAAUUAAAAUAAAAACGCAUUUACUCCACAUAUUUUUUAACAAAAAGAAAAGUCACAUCAGGAAACUUAUCUGAUUUUUGUGGUAGCUGAUGUAGUGUUUUCUUGUACGUGAAUAGAAUCCUGACAUGUAGUGCACAUUGAUCCAUAGCUUUAACUGACCCAGGGCUUUUGCUGCCCAGGGUUUGUUUAAUACACUCCAUUCUAGGCCAAAUCAGGACAAAAAGAAAAGAUCCGAAUCUAGGUAUUUUAUAAUCUGCUUUUUAACCUCUAACCGCAGAGCACGCUGAUCAGACCUCAUAUCUGGGAGGUUUAGGAGACAAGUUAGAACUGUAGCAUGUACCCGUUCAUUUUGUUUAAUUUAUGGUGUCUCCGUCUGUGUUCGUGCGUCCGCGCAUGUGCGAGCAUUAAAAGACAGGAAAGAAUAGGCCGACAAGGUCGCAGCAGGCAGUCCUGGGGCCCGGCAGCCCCACCCUAUCUUUCCUUGACACAGAAGGCACCUCACCUCACACCACUCUUCCUGGGCAUCUGAUGGACUGAGCCCCCCCAGGGAAGAUGCUCCCUGGGCCUGGGCAGGGCUGGUGCACAUGCGCACUCCCUCUUCCCCUCCUUCCCACCACAAGCACUGAUGACCCUGUCGAACUCGUGGGAAGCUUCCUUCCCUACAGAAGAGAGGACGUGGCGGUCUGGGCCCCGCUCCCACCCUGCAGAGACGGCCCAAACUCACCAAAACGCUGACCGCUCUUCAUUUCCAGACCAGACCAUUGGCCCUUCAUUCAUUUCACCUCUUGGGAAGUUCUUUUAUGCACAGUUUAGGGCAGUCUAAGUACCAAUCAGAAGUCUAACUUGUCUCUGAUUCCUCCUGUUGUCUAUGUGUAUAUGCGUGAGAAUAGAGGUGGAUGAGAGUGUGCGUGCGUGCGUGUGUGCAAUUUUAUACGUCUGUGUAUUUUCUUAAGUACCUGUGCACACAUAGAGUGCAUUACUGCCACCUUUUUCAAUAAGCUGUUUUAUCAGUUAUGGCUUCUACAAGUUUGCUAAUUUAGACUCCUUUAUUGCCAUAUCUUUAAACUAACAAUAGAUGAUUUCGGUAUAUAUAUAUUUUUUUUUGCUUAUUUAUAGGUGCUGUAUUUUAUUAUCUGAUUGUUAGGAAGGGAUGAAAGGGGCAAAUAUUCUUUAGAGGGAUAGACUGCCGGCAGUAUUGGGUAUAAUUUACAAGAUGUAGUUGUCAUACUGUAUAUUACUGAUUGAAAACUUUUUGACCGUAUUGUGUAUCAUUGAAACCUUUGUCUUAGGUCAACAUCUUUGGAUGACAUUUUAAUGGUGCAUUCAUUAUUUCUUAAGUUUAAUUAAUAUACUUUUUUGAUUUGGGGGGGUGGGAGGGAGUUCUAAUUUUAAAGGUAUGCUCCCGCUAUUACACCUCAGUGUGCUUGUUAUUACUUAACUUGUAGGACUUUGACUGUAAGAUGUGAAACCACAUUUCUUGCAUGAUGUUUUAGAAAUUAUGUAUUUCAUUUACAGUCUUUUUAACCUGCAACUGCAGCACUUAGUUCAAGUUUUCACAAACUUAAGAGUCACUACACUAAAGACAAUGCCUUUUCAUGAAUAAGAAGUACUCAGAAGGCUCUAGGAGGCUGGGAGGCAGGCCCUUUGUUUGUCUUUGGACAGUUGCAUCAUUUCUGAACUUGACAUCUUGGUUCAGUGAGAAGAGGAUCCACAAUGGAGGUGCUUAAGGGGAAGCAGAUUAACAUCCAGCUGGCUGCUGCAGGUGCCGUAGGAAGAGUGAGUUCAUGCCAGGGGCCCUUAGGACAGUGAGGGGCAGAGCCACUGAUGGUACUGUGGUGUUGUCUCCACAAAAACCUCAAGGGAACUUUGUCAUCAUGUGUGAUGAACCUCUAAAUACCUAUUAGAAUAAGAAGCAGGGAGUUAACUGUUAGGCUAGUAUUUUAGUUUCAAAGGCAUGACUGUUACCAAGGUGUUAAAUCUGAGGAAAUUGGAAAGUCUAGCUUUGUCAGUCCUCGUGGCCAAAUGGUAAUAGUCUAGCACAGCCACUUUGGCUCUUCAAACAAUUAAUUCAUUGUUUGUUUUGUAUUUCUUUACUUUUGAACUGGGUUAUUGUUGAUUUCCAUCCUCAUUCUGUCUUCUGCCAGACUUACAUCUGGGUGCUCGAUACAAUCAGUGGGUUAGAUUUUGCUUGUGAACGGAUCUAUUUUGUAUUUUUUCUUUGUUAUUUAUUUGUUUGUAUGGAGAUCCUAAUCUUAUGAUCUUUUGUGUUAAGCUAGCACUGUCUGUAGUACUUCUAAGAUCUGCCACUAAAUAACACAGAAACCUGUGGAGGGGGAGCAGCCCCCUCCUUAUUGGGCCCCUCAGUUUGAGUCUAAGGGUUCAUCUUUCAUCUUGAUAAGCAAUAUUCAAGUGCCUUGAACAGCACCCCUCUGAGUGGUUACCUUCCACUGGCUGGCCAUCCAAGCAGCAGCUCCACAGGCAGCCAAUCCUCCUCUUUACUCUCUGUCAGCUUAAAAAGCUGAUGUGUACCUCUCCCCAGGGGAAACAGUUCCAUAUAAAACACUAACACUUAAUUACAAGCUCCAUUAUACCAUUUUAAAUGGCUUCUUUUUUGUUAAUUGGAGACAACAUUCAUAACUAGAGGUCUCUGCCAUUACUUAGCUGGCUAAGUGGGGGCCCAGCAUCAAAUCAGUGUUUGCAUCUGGCCUCUUGACCCUUGCGUCCUGCCCAAGUCCCCUUGUGGUAUCUGAGACGUAUGGGUUCUGUCCUGGACCCCUGUCUCCUCACUUUUGGCCCAGCCUAGCUCCCACGUUACCUCCUGUCUGGAACUUCAGGAUCAGUCAAGAUGUCUGAUUUUGGUCCACCAGACUUACCUUCCUUAGAAAGGGUUGUAUAGCCAUUUAGAUGAACUUGGUUCUUCUAGGCAACCAGCCUGAGGAACACUGUGACAUGAAGUGGCUUCUGUUCCCAUCCUGGGGUAGGUGCCCUGGGAUGCAGGCUUAGAAGAAAUCUCUGAGAAAUGCCAAGAUCAUGACUCAUAGGACUACUGCUAAGCAUGCUGCUCUGGGAAAGCAAUCAAGACAAAAGAUAGCAGCUCUCGGCCUCCCCAGGACAGCUCCUUGUGCCCCUGAAGUAUAAACGCCUCCCUAUCCAGCUUCCUUCCUGUUGGCCUCAGUGUGUCUCCCCAUGUAAAAAACUAUCUGAUGUGGCUCUAGUGGUACAGGCACAUUGCUAAUUUAGGAAUUGGUGUUCUGUGCUCUUCUCAUGGCCAGGAGAGAGCCUCCCUGACCCCCAGCACUCCACAGAUCCACAUGGCCCACGCUUAUACCCUGUCUGCUCCUGGCUAGGGCCAAGGUCAUGGUGCUGCAAACCAAGCAGGGAGUAGGUUGUAUGUGACCUAGAGGAGAAGCUGUGGACUGCCACAGGCCUGCCCUCACAUGGGAACUAAAGUCACCAGCAAGCUCAUCCUUGGGCAGAUGCCUUCCCUGCUGCAGCUGGACUGGAUGUCUGUGUUCCUCUGGAACGCACAUCUUUUCAUGCCGGGGUGAUCAAUGAGCUCUGGACAGUCUAUGCAAUGGCUUUCAUUCCUCUACUUUUAGGAAAACAAAUCUACCUGGAAACAGCAGAGGAGUCAGGGAGAUCUACAAAUGUCCUCCUGGGAUUAGCACAAAAUGAAAUGGAGUUGGUCGCUAACUACAGCUUGAGCCUUUGCCUUAAAUGUACUGUGACAGGUGCCUACAGAAACAAGCAUCUGCCCUUAGUCGUUCCAAGGCCAGCCUCUUGCAAGCCCACUAUGCAGGGGAAAGAGCAACACAGAGACUAAGGGUGUAUGGUGAGCUUGCUGGGCUCUUAGCCACAGUACUUUAGGCUGGAAAUGUUCUCACUGCUGGGAUGCCCCUGUUCCUUCCUGGAUGUUCCCCCUCAUCUUCCCACUCCUCAUUUGACCCCUUCUACCUCACUAACCUGUGGUCUCCGCUUGAUGUCACCUGUCAAGGCCAAGGAGGCUGGGAGGUGAAAACAGCUUGAAGCAUGGCAGACAUGAGCUUCUCAGCCUGCUAGGCAGGAUUUUUGCCUCUCUUGUGAGCAUGACAUGACCAGACGGCUGGGCCCUGCAAGACACAUGGCUUUUCCUCGUGACACUCACCUGUUCUUGAAGUUCCUGCAGUUCCUGCAGCUGUUUCCUUUGUAGGCAGGGGUGACUGCAGGCCUCAGAAGACCUUGUCUUUGGUCUGCCUUUGUGUCCUGCACUUUUCUGCACAGCUGUUAAGAUCCAUCUCAGCCAUCCCUGUUGCCCUGAGCUCACCCAGACAGCCACAUGAUCAUGCUUCCCCAGCAACUCUGUCGCUUUCCAUGUCUUAUCUCUGGCACUGGGGUCAUGACUUUGGUCUCUGAAUCUCUUGUAGGCAUCAAGUAUCUUUAAAGAUAGGUGAGGACAUAGGGCUUUCUCUAUCCUGCCUGCCAGGUGUUCUUCCCAAAAGAAUUUUCUAGUUUCUGUUCAGUGUCAAAGAUGACCAGCUGUCAGGGCUGCUGGUUGAAGGUGGGUCCACCCACCACGGUGGCCAGGGUGUUGCAGUGGGAAGUGGGACCGUGCUGAGGAUUUGUAUCAUUAUUCUGUGCCUGGGCACCGUGCAGGAGACACUCACACUUGGAAAUCCCUGUGGUGCUCCUGCUGUGGUUUCACUGGGUCCUUGACAUUGAAGAAGCCUCAUGACCACCGAGGCAAGGCUCCUGUCCUGGCUGGUUAGAUGGUGGCCCAGGGUUCUAACAUGGCUCGGCUGCGUCUCCCAGUGGGCUGUGGGACAGUCUGGCCAGCACACUUGCAUACUAAGAAAGCGGUCCAGUUUGACAAUGUCAUUUUCAUUCCCAUCAGUUUUGCCUUUUUUGUAGAUGAAAACUACCAGGGAAAAAGGGAAAACAGAUUUCCAAAUAAAAUUCCAAAAAGAUCCAGCCUAUAAAUCCUUUGAGAUGGGCUGAAAGCUAAGGGCCAAGACCCAGGGGGAUCAAUCAGGAUGCAAGAGGAGAGGGUAGUAAACCACAAUAUAAUGGGUCGGCCCAAAAGCCCUAGUGGCCUGCGUUCCUAAUCAGGGAAGUAAAAGGAAAGCUAUUUCCUCCCAACUACCUGACUCCUGAGACCUGCCCCCCUACCACCACACUGCACCUACCACCCUUCCUCUGCCAUUACCCCUCCAAAGAUUCCAGUCCACGCCAUCAGUGGCAUCUCGAAUUUUCAUUUUUGGAUGAAGUGACAUUUAGCUUUAACAAGACAUUUCCAAAGCGCCUGGUCUCCUCCAAAAUGCUAACUUUAAAAGUGCAGCAUUAUAGGUGAAGCAUCCUGAAGAAAAGCUAGUGAGAGAAAGACAUUAGGCUAUGCAUAAAUGUGCACUUCCCCCUCCCUAUUACUCAACUUUUUAAAUGCCUUUAAGUUUAAUUGAUCACUUUCAUUUCCUCAUGUUAAGGAGUAGAUAGUCUGCGUUACUGUAAUUUCUGUAGUGUUUGGGCUUUAAUUUCUACCACAAAAUAUGCUAUAUGCUAUGUAUCAAGCUUUCUGUGAUCAGAAAGGAAAGGUGCCUUAAAUCCCAAUGUCACAGUUCUUUCCCUAUGGAAAAUAAUCAGAAGCACAGUGUAUGGAAGCAUUGGGACUUCCAUUAGCAAAACAAUACACCACACAGCAAGACGCAUUGAGGUGGCAAGGGGCUGUUUUUUGUUUUAUAAUUCCUCCCCCCUUUCUUUUUUUUUUGUAGUUUGCUUUAAACAGAAAGCACUUAAAUAGAUGACUAUGUGUAAAAGCUCGGUGCAAUAGAAACAAUGUUUGUUCGGUUUUGAAAGAUAGCACAUUGCACACCAAAUGAACUCAAAGCUUUAGACCAGGAUGAUUCAGGUUGUGGCUGAGUUGUGUUCACUGUAGUCCAUGUGUUCAUGAACUGAAGGGGAAACGGGGCUGCCGGCCCCUGCGGUGACCCAGCUGCCCCUGCUGAGCUGAGCGGGCUGGGUCUGUGGGCUCAGCCAGAUCUACUGGCCUGGGUGCAGCAGGGUGGGGUGCCUGUGAUUGAGCAGCCGAGAGCCUUCCCGAGUGUCAGCCCUUCCAGCACUUAACCUUGUCUUGUUGAGACGGACUGACUGCUACUGACCGACAGCGUGCAUGAGGAUGGUUAUAAAAGGAUGUUUCCUUGAGAAAGAAAAAAAUUUAUUUCUAUCCUCUUCUAUUUAUUAUUAGGUUAAUCAUUUAAGUACUUAUCAGGAGUGUGUUGUUUUGUAUUUUUGUCAUUAUUAAUGCUUUUUGCUAUCACUCCAGUGGUUACUGUCCUCUGCUCCCCCCCCACCCCCAGAAGCUAAGAGUCUGGGGAUAUGCAUGGGGAGGGGCAGAAGGGGAAGGGGUUCUCCAGCAGAAUCAGACACCUGUCUCCUGUGUAGCCACUCAAAAUAUUGGUGGUCUUAACUGUUUGAAUGAGAGUUGGUGAAUGCAAAGCUACCACGGUCAGGAAGGGCCGAGGGGCAGAUCGAUUGCUCGUGAGGAGCUACAGAGGAAAUGGGAAAGCCAAGUUCAGUUCCCCAAAGCCUCCUAGAGCCUCUGUUAAGACUUCUGGGUUCAUGAAGGUUCAGCGAGCCCUGGUCAGAGAAGGUACAGUGGCCCGACUGAGACCAUCACUUCUGAGCGGGAGAGCGGUUUUCUGCAAGGCCCGCAUGGGUUGCUAUAUUUUAGUUGGUUUCUGUUAUCCUUGUCCUGGCGCAUAAAGUUGGUCAAAAGUAUCCUGUGAAGUGACAGGUGCUUCUUAGCACCGCCAGUGGCUGGAGGGCUCAGCCUGGGAAAUUGUGGGCGAGAGAGCCCCUUUCUCUCCAGGGCAGGGAAACACGGAGGAAGCCUGGAUGUGGAGAAAGAACUUACUGUGGUUAGAGAAGCACAGUCAUAAGACACUCAGUUCCUUGCUCCCCAGGCAUGGGGGAGGGAGUCCACCUCCCCAAGGCAGGUUGGACUGCUGCCUGUGCCCCCAAAGGGUCACCUACCCCAGACCCACAUAGCAGAGCAUUUCUUCUCUGCUAUGACUUGUCCCCUUGUCUGAAAUCUUUGGGGUCCUGAUUUUGUUCCUAUCUCUGGGAGGGGGGAAAGCCCUCCAACGAGGUGAUUGCCCCAUCUCCCCAAAGGGUUUUCAUUUUUUUCUAAUUAGUCUAUGCAUUUCUCUUUCUCUCCCUCAUUCCCUCUGCACCCCCAUUUUCUGCCUUUUAACGGGCAUCUCAUGUCCCCACCCUCCAAGACUCUUCAGAAAAUGCUGUGCAUUUUGGAGACGUGAGAAUUCAUUCAAAAUUCUUAAAGCAGUUGAGAAUAGCUUGUUAUAAAAAAAAAAAAAAGUGGGGAAGAAGAUGACAAGGUAGUUUCCCCCACGUCCCUUCCCACAGAGUAAGAGACCUAGCUCUUUGCAUUUGUGCAAUAACUACUUGUGGUGAGAGCGGGUAGCGUCACGCUCCUGUCCAGACUACUAACACACAGCACAAGACUCAUGUCACCAAGCGGUGACCUCUGCAGACAGCCCUUCAUAAGCUCAGCUCCCAGUGCUUUGUGGUGUCUUACAUUUUAGCAGUAUUUUAUAUUUUCUGUAACGCACUAAGUCUUAGAUGUUUUCUAGAGCUUGUUUGUUAAUACAAUCACAGAUUUUCCCCCCUUAAUCCUCACAAAGACCCAGUUGACCAAAAAAGAAGAGAGAGGAAAAAAAGGCGUCAUUUUUGUACAAAUAGCUUUGAGAAGCCUCUGUCGCUGUGACUCAUCUCUGAUAACAUUUUAGUUCUUGCUACUUGUUUUCCACAUUGAGUCAAAGUUGAUCUGGCUGGCAUGGGGGUGGGGGAGACACCCGUCGGCCCCUCAGCGUUGUCCCUUCUGUCUUUGGUUAGCCAUACAAUGUUUGUUCUCAGCACUGUACAACGGUCCCUAUAUGAUAUGGAGAAGCAAUAUCACUGAAACUCACACCAUGUAUUAUUAUUAUUCACUAGCACCCUAGGUGUGAUAAUUGAAGUAAAUAUCUUUUAUACAAACACAA